GGCUUCAGACCCUCUUUCUUCCGUCGAGCACGUUGUGCUUUAGCCGCAUCCUGGUUCCUGGAAGUCAACGGGGCAGGAUAUUCCUCGGAAAGGAUGAGUCUCGGCAAGAUGUUGACGACGAACGCGAAGAUAAUCAAGAGCAGCGGGGCCGACCCCGACCCAUUCGAGGUUAGCGUUGGCCAAGCCCUCCUCGAGCUGGAGAUGAACAGCGAUCUGAAGUCGCAGCUGAGGGAGCUCCACAUCACGAAGGCGAAGGAGAUCGAAACGAAUAAUAAGAAGUCGAUCAUUAUAUACGUACCUAUGCCAAAGCUGAAGGCUUUCCAGAAGAUUCAGACACGGCUGGUACGCGAACUGGAGAAGAAGUUCUCUGGGAAGCACGUGAUGUUCAUCGGCGAGCGUAAAAUCUUGCCCAAGCCGACGAGGAAAACUCGAACCAAGAACAAGCAGAAGCGUCCUAGGAGCCGCACGCUGACUUCGGUUUACGACGCGAUAUUGGAGGAUCUAGUGUAUCCUGUAGAAAUCGUUGGCAAGCGUAUCAGAGUCAAACUGGACGGGUCGCAGCUCAUUAAGGUCCAUCUCGAUAAAAAUGAACAGACGAACAUCGAGCAUAAGGUCGACACCUUCGCCUCAGUUUACAAGCAGCUGACUGGACGAGACGUCACGUUCGAAUUUCCCGAAUCUUAUAUAUGAUAAAUGUAAGAGGAAUAAAAGUAUUUUAAUCUA